GAUGGUCGUGAUGCUGGAUUGAUGGGUUCCCCAGGUAAGCGUGGCCCAAGAGGACCUAAGGGACUUCGAGGACGUACAGGGAAGCCAGGGGUUGCUACAGGAGGUGCAGUGUACACGCGGUGGGGAAGAAAAACAUGUCCUGGCACAAAUAAAACAACGAAAUUGUACUCAGGUGUGAUGGCAGGCUCACAUUAUACUCACCCCGGCGGUGGUUCAAACUAUCUCUGUCUGCCAUUGAAUCCAGUAUUCGAAAAAAUUAGCGGAGGAAGUCAGGGAGGUUACAUAUAUGGUACAGAGUACGAAAUAUAUUCGGCUCAAAAACAGAUAUUUCCAAAUUCCAAUCUUCAUGAUCAUGACGCACCAUGUGCUGUAUGCCACAGUGAAUCACGUGCUAGUCAUGUGAUGAUACCAGCUCGUAAUGUUUGUCCAUCUGGUUGGACUAUGGAGUAUAAGGGAUAUCUAAUGGCAGAACAUCAUAAUAACGGCAAAGGACGAACACAAUACAUUUGUGUUGAUGGAAAACCCGAAGCAACCAUUGGAUCACACGUCAACAAGGAUGGAGCUUUGCUUUAUUUCGUUGAAAGUACUUGUGGUAGUAUACCAUGUCCGCCCUAUGUUCAGGGUUAUGAACUGACCUGUGUCGUCUGCACCAAAUGAAGAUAACAAGAAACAGAUCAGGUUUCCUGGCUUUUACAACAGAACAUGAAACUCCUUUGCAGAAUCUUUUCAUUUU